UCCCACGUUGAGUUCCAGUCCAGUUCGGUGCGCCUCCUCUGAGCUCCUCCACUCCUCGCAGUUUGGAGAAACAAUCAGUAACUUUCUGUCGGAUAAAAACGUUUGGCUCCAGUUUUUUUGACCAUGACAGAGCAACCUUUAAAGUUGUCCUGCCUCACUCUCUGAACUGGGAUUUUUUUUACACCAGUUUACAGACUAACUGUAAUAUUUCUUACUAGUUUGGACAACUAAUCAGAUCUUGGAACAAUGAGGAAAACCUGCUGGAUUUAUCUUUUUGUGGGGAAUUAAGUUGAUUGAUUAUUUUAUUUAUUUUUAAAGAGGAUGAUUCACUUUUCAAGAGCAAUGGAGAUUUGUUGGAAUCUUCAUAUUUUGACAGCUUUUCUCUCCUGUUUAAAGGUUUACUCUCAAGUGUUGUCGACUAAAAAGCACCCAGGCCUGCAGGUGUUGGCCACAGCUUCCCAUUACUGGCCGCUGGAUUCGGUGGACGGAAUCCAUGAACUGUGGGACCAGAUUGGAAACAGGCCGGGUUAUGUUAACGGGACCAACAUAACUCUCAGAAUCCACAACCACACUGUGCUUCCUCCUUCCCAUAACUCUUCCUAUGUGUAUACCAAUGACUCUGCCUACUCUAACAUUUCUGCGACAGUAGACAUUGUUGAAGGAAUGGUCAACAAAGGCAUCUUUUUGAACGGUGAUAACGGCGGGACUUUUCUUCACUUUGGAAACUACCAGAACUCGUGCAUCAGUGAUCCCAUGUUGUGUGGUCCGGAAGGUAUCACCUUCUCCUUCUUUUGGAAAAACCUCGAGUCAGAUCCACGUUUUGCUGUGGCCUCUGGAGGGAAAGUCAUCUCCAACGGUUUCUCAGUUUUCACCAACCCUUUGGUGGGACACGUGGAGAUUUACACCCGGGGAAACAACCGCAGAUGGAAGGCCAAGAUUCCAGUUCCAGGUCCAUUCUGGACACAUGUCCUCUUCACCUGGACCCAAAGUAAUGGUCUGAAGGUUUAUAUCAAUGGGACCUUCACUGCUGGAGACCUACAUGGCAACGUCUCAGGAAACUAUGGUGACCCCUAUCCUAACCUUGUCAUUGGAACGGGCAACAACAAAAAAUAUGGUCACUAUGUAACAGGAGCCUUUGAUGAAUUCGUCAUCUGGGAAAGGGCCCUUCCACCUAAUGAGAUCCAGGUCUACUACAAUGCAGCUAUAGGCCAGGAAAUAAUUUCCACCACAACACUGAGAAACUUCAAAGAACUCCCUUCAACUGCACCGACAACUGGAGCCUCUGAAGUGAGUCCACCUGUCAUCAACAGGCAUCAAGAGGUGGCCCAGCGCUCCCACAUCCAGGACACCAUUCCAGUGCUGGACUUCCUCAAGACACUGUCCAAUGGGACAAUUCCUCACAACACUGCCAACAACCUCACACAGGCUUUUCUCAAAAGCGUGGAAGAAGUCCUGUCCUCUCCGGGACUGCCAGAGCAGCCCACCCCGGUGGUCAGCAGUCUGAUCGAGACAGUGGACAGAGUGAUGGAACAAAUGGUGAUGAACAUGGAKCCCACCUCCAACUCCCUCUUUUCCCUGGGUGGAACAUCUUCGGUUGCAGAUUACUCUCUGAUGAAAUUAUCUCAGAACAACUUACAAAAUUACCGCUUCCCCACACAAGGGAGGAGCUACAUAUUUGUGCCUGGGGAGGCAUUUGCCAUGGAGACGCAGACCACCAUCGUCGGCCUCUACUACCACAACAUGCACAAGUACUACAAAGAGAUCAGCCCUGUCAAAACCAGGAUUAAUGAAGCUUCUGUUUACAAGAAUCACAACAUCCAGGUAGCGAGCUGUCUGAUUUCUCUGAAAGUGGAGCCUUUACCAGCUUUGUCAGUCAACCUCUCUGUGGCGCCGCUCAUAAAGAUCGUCCUCACCCAUGUCCUGNCUAAAGAACAGCAUGAACAAGUGUUAAAUCAAAGCACCAAGGUUUUCCUCUACUGUGCCUUUUUGGACUACAGUUCUAAUGAGGGAGUGUGGUCCAAUGAAGGCUGUGUGCGCUCAGAGGGAAACAUGUCGUAUUCUGUGUGUUUGUGCAACCACCUCACCAACUUCGCCAUCCUUAUGCAAGUCGUGCCCUUGGAGCUCACCACUGACCACAAGAUGGCACUAUCAACCAUUGGUUACAUCGGCUGCUCCAUCUCCAUCUUCUGCCUUGCCAUCACGCUGGUUACUUUUGCCGUCCUUUCGUCAGUUAGUACCAUCCGUAACCAACGCUAUCACAUCCACGCCAACCUGUCCUUCGCCAUCCUGGUGGCUGAGAUCCUUUUGCUCAUCAGCGCUCGUUUUGACCCGGGCACGCUGUCCUGUAAGGUCAUGGCCAUCCUGCUUCACUUCUUCUUUCUGAGCGCUUUCGCCUGGAUGUUGGUGGAGGGCCUCCAUCUCUACAGUAUGGUGGUGAAGGUGUUCGGUUCUGAGGGCAGUAAGCACUUCUACUACUACGGCAUUGGCUGGGGUUCUCCACUGGUGAUCUGUGUCGUAUCCAUAACAUCUGCCUUUGACAGUUACGGUGACAACUGUUGGCUAUCACUGAAGACAGGGGCCAUUUGGGCCUUUGUGGCACCUGCUCUUUUUGUUAUUGUGGUGAACAUUGGCAUUCUGAUAUCAGUGACCAGAAUCAUAUCUCGGAUCAGCGGGGAGAACUACAAGGUUCAUGGAGAUGCCAAUGCAGUCAAACUGACAGCCAAAGCAGUGGCUGUGCUUCUGCCCAUACUUGGCAUUUCUUGGAUCUUUGGCGUCCUUGCCGUCAACACACACUCAUUGGCGUUCUUGUAUAUCUUUGCUGUAUUCAACUCAUUACAAGGGUUCUUUGUAUUCUUGUUCCACUGUCUCCUCAACUCUGAGGUGAGGGCUGCAUUUAAACACAAAACCAAAGUGUGGUCUCUUACCAGCAGUUCCAUCCGAAACAUCAACGUGAAACCAUUUAACUCUGAUAUUAUGAAUGGACACAGGGAGGGUKGCAGCCCCACUAAGAUGCACACAUGGGACAAGAGCACCAACUCAGCCAACCGUAUCGACCUUUCUGCCGUGUAGAAAGCAAAUUUACAGUUUGUCCGUGGAAGGAGAGCCGUCUGUGACUCACUCGGGUGGAAUGGCAAACCUCGGCCGGAGAUUUGUCUCUCCGUGGGGUAAAACAAACAGACACUCGUGCGCUCCAAUGAACGUGUUACUAACGGAGGUGAUAUGUAGAAUAUAGUCAUACCUAAAGACAAACAGACUCUUUCGACUGUGCCUUGUUUUUUCCUCACAAAAAUCAAAGGAAAAGUUUUUUGUUUGUUUUUUGCGCCAAAGUGCAUUAUUCUUUGUUGAAUUUGUUUGAUGCACAUAGGCCUAUUUGCUGCCUUUUUCGGGACAUAAACCAACCAUAAACAGGAUAAAGAAGUAUCCGAAAAAAAAUUAAACUUAAUAAUUAAAAUGUUAAAUAGACUGUGAGCUGUUUAAGAAAAAAGCAGUUAAUGAAAAACAUGUAAGUCUAUAAAUUUAUUGCAAAAAACAUGUAAACAUCUUAUUCUACUACAGUGGUUAUCCCUUAAAAGCACUUGGGACUAUAAUGGUGUGUGUUGAACUUUAAAUGUUUCACUACUCCCCACCGCAUUCAACCUUUAUCUCUAUCAAAAUAAUAAAAGACUGAAGUGAAUAGUUCCAAAAUUUUAUUUGGAAAAGAGAAAAAAAUGAAUUAAACAAAGUUUUAAUUAUUCAAAUUGAAUUGUUUGCUCUCUGGUGCCCCAUCGGUUGGAAACCCCUAAUCUAGAAGUGUACCAGAGGCAUGUGAAACUAAUAAAUCUACAAUGAAAAAUCCUUUGUGUAACUCUGACAAGGCAAACACAAACAUUUGGAGAAAAUCUUCAAGUCAAUGCCAGAGAAAAAAAAAGUCAUCCUGACAAUAUUCUAUGUCUGGAAAUAGAAUUUACCACAGAUUUGAUCAAAUUCUGAUAUUGAUUCAAAGGUCCACCUUCAGUUCAGGGAUGCCUCCACAGAACUCUCCAUGGCUUUAAUCACUCUAAUCACUGGCUUUAAUCAUCAGUGAAAGUAUUUACCGUUUUAUAGAAUGGAACAAAAGCACCAGAGGACUUUAUAUGUCCAGAGGACCUAUACAAUUUUUUUCCUUUUGAUUUUUUACCUGGAUUACUGAGAUGCAUCAGGACAAUUUGUUUGACAUGUAAAAUCUGAAAUUGUUACCAAUCUUUCAUCAAACUUUUGACCAUUGAUGUUUUUGUCUCACAAGAAUAAAUAGUGUGACAACAUCUGCUUGUAAUUAUGUACAGAAAAUUAAAAUACUUUUUAGGAACGUUAAGUAUUUUCUGGUUGCAAUUGCACAAUGAAUAAAAAAAGAUCCUUUGUGAAUAGUAAAUACAGUGUUACUUUAGGCCUUAAACACUGCCAUCAGCAGCUCUUACUUGUUUUUAUCACAGAGGACAAAGUGCAGAUUUCUUUAUCUGGAUGCUCAUCAACAGUAAAAACCUGAUUCACAGCUUUAAUCUAAUUGUUUAAGACAAUAACUGCUUUACUACCACAGUUGUUAUGACAAUGAAUUUAACUCUGUAUAUAUUUAUUUAUUUUAUGUUUCUGGUAUUUUUAUGUCUUCUUUAAACUGAAAGUUAUUAGCAUCGUUCAGGAUGUCAAUUCUGUUUGUUUGUUUAUUUGUUUGUUUUUAGAAGUUAUGGGCUGGCAUAGUUCCAGUACCUCACACCUUAGUAAGCUGCCACAUUUUAAACUAUGCUUUUUUGAGAAAUUGUUCAUGUAUUUGGUGAAGUUUAACUAGUUCUCACUUCAACGUGUUUCAUCUAAAAGUAAGAUUUCUUUUGGUACAACAAAAUAAGAAACCUGUUCUAUAGCACACGAACUUUGAGUUGUUGUAAUUUUUCUUAAUAGUUUGAUUUUGUCAAAGAUGCUCUUUAUCUUACACUGUGCCAACAACAUUUUGUAUUUACUGUAAGUCCCUCUGCACUUCCUCUUUUUGUUAGAUUUAAACGUUAUUAUGCAGAAACUUGUACAUGUAGCAUUUAAUUAUUGUUGUCUUGUGGUACUGUGAUUUGUGCUUCUACAGUAAGUAUUACCAUUAAAAGCUUUUUAUUACAAGAGA